CUACGGUCUUUCUCCUUAGAGUCUCUCCGCAUCCGUCAACUACAAAAGAGCGAGCUCUAUUAACCCUAGCAUUAACCGAAGAGAUAGCGAUCAUCCGAAUCCAAGGGAUGCCACGACUAAGUUAACACGUCUUAAAAGUGAAGUUGAUGAAUAUCUUCGAAGUUUUACCCGCGACACUUAUUUCACUGUUGGUGUUACGUUCAAUGGUAAAGUUAUUCAAGAGGACGUCACUCGGUGUAGAGGAACGUGCAGGGAAACCCUGCAUCGCGGAGAGGAAUAUUUAAAGUUCUGCGACUGAUUCUAAUAACAUAUCUGGACGAAAGGGAGAAAACGUGGCAGUAUAUAAUUUGUAUUUGCCACAUGUAAUGCUACAGAAAUUACUACGGAGGAAACCAGUGCUUCAACAGGCUAGCCGUUGAAAGAUCCCACCAUUUAUUAAAGUUGUCACUUGUGUCCACUGAUGGUCAUUUCCACCUGAUCCGAAGGUCAUGCGAAGAGGACAUAGUUAAAAACUAUCUGGAAGCAGGCCCCAAAACAUAGCUACUGGGAGCAGGUGACAUCGUGACAACUGACAACUGACCGCUACCUUUGUAAACAUCAAUACAGUAGAACAAGCCCUGGUUAUUAUUCGAAGCUUGCUGACACCAGUUGUUACAAAGAUUUUGAUGAAAUAAAACUGCAUAAAAUUAGAGGCAUGCAUGCAUAAAUUACAAUCCAUUUAUAGAGAGAGAUACUCCAUCAACAGCAAGGAACCAUUGCGGCUCAUCUCAGUGGAAUAUAGAGACAUUUAUCUGGAUAAUAUUUACUAAACUUAAGACAUGAGGAUAGUACGUCGACACACUGCCCUAAUCGGGGCCUCUGCGUUCGGCAUUGCCUGCCUGUUGUUGUACAUAGCGAUGGAAGCGUCCGUAGACAGGGAUAUUGAUGCGGUCGACUUGGGGAUGGGUCGCGCAAAACAGCACCACCUUGCUGCUAUGAUAGAAAAAAUAGAACACAUAGAAGCGGCCGUCAAAAGCAGGCACAAGACUGUAGACGGUAUACAAGACGUAUUGUAUAAAGUGGCCAGGGAUGACCCAAACUUGGCACAAGCCUUAGAGAGGCUACUGAUGGACAGUGAUGACACCGUGGACAGUGAGGAAGACAGAACUAGCAGCCUGCAGGAGGUACUGCUGCCCACCAGUAUGUGCAAGCUGACCGAUAGACCGACACCAACCGUGGACUUCAAUGUCCAAGACGUUUUUGAAAACGGUUUACGACAGAAACAUGUGACUACCAAAUCUGAGAAAGAUUACAGCACUCUCCCACUAAAAAUAUUUGUGGUUCCAUUUUCACACAAUGACCCUGGAUGGCUGAGAACUUAUGACGACUACCUUGUCAAUUUAACAAGUCAUAUAUUGGACAAUAUGGUAGAAAAAAUGGAUAUAUACAAGGACAUGACAUUCAUCUAUGCCGAGCUUUCAUUCUUUGCUCCUUGGUUUGAAAGAAUCAGUCCUGAAAAACAAGCCAAAGUCAAACAGUACGUCAAGGAAGGCCGCCUGGAAAUCGUGACAGGAGGUUGGGUGAUGACAGACGAAGCGUCUGCCCAUUAUUUCUCCAUGAUUGACCAGAUGAUAGAGGGACACCAGUGGCUGGAGAACCAAUUAGGUAUCAAACCACAGAGUGGCUGGUCUAUAGAUCCCUUUGGCUACUCCUCCACUAUGGCUUACCUGCUUAAGAGGAUGGACUUUAAGAGCAUGCUUCUGCAGCGCGUGGACGCCAAGAUAAAAGCCGUGCAGAAACAGCGAAAGACGCUGGAGUUCAUGUGGAGACAACUCUGGGAUCCAAGGGGUGAAACCGACAUGUUCUGUCAUGUGAUGCCUGGGGGUCAUUAUGACGUCAUCAACACAUGCGGGGUCAAUGGACAUACAUGCUGCCUAUUCGACUUUAAGCGACAGAAAGGUGUUCUGUCUUGCAGUGGCCAAUUCGCCGGGAUGAUUGAUGAUAGCAAUGUGGAAAUGAAGUCCCAAAUACUUUUGGAGCAGUACAGAAAAAAGGCCAGUCUGUACAAAAGUAACGUCCUGCUUGUCCCCCUGGGUGAUGAUUUUCGUUACCUGAAGGCGGAGGAGUGGGAUCUUCAGUACACCAAUUACCAGAGGCUGUUCCAGUACAUGAAUUCACGCCCCGGUUGGAAUGUUCAGGUCCGUUUUGGAACGCUGACGGAUUAUUUCAACGCCUUGUACGAGCGAGUCGAGGUGCAGCCAGGCUCGACUGUGCCCGGCUUCCCUGUCCUCAGUGGUGACUUCUUCCCUUACUCGGAUCUUGGUCAGAGUUACUGGACUGGAUACUUCACUUCUCGGCCGUUUUAUAAGUACAUCAACAGACUACUCCAGACUAAGCUCAGGGGAUCAGAGAUUUUGUUCACCAUGGCUCAAACAGCUGCCAAACAAAACCAUCACGGACAGUUUCCCGCCAGGACAUUGAUGCGGUAUCUGGUCAAUGCUCGACGAACGCUGGGUCUGUUCCAACAUCAUGACGCCAUCACCGGGACAUCAAAGGACCACGUGGUCAGAGAUUAUGGAAAACUACUUAGCAAAGCAUUAAGUGAAGUUAAUACGGUAACGGAAGAGGCCGCCCACGUGUUAAUGACGAAGGACAAAACUCUAUACAAGUACAACAUAUCGGGCAAGUUUUUUGAAACGCAUGAAUACAUGAAAAGGUUCGACUCGAUUCCCGAGCAGCGCGUGAUAAACCUGCGACUCAGACCAAGACAAGUUGUAUUGUACAACUCCCUGGCACAUCAGAUGGUUCAAGUCGUGCGCGUGCUUAUUGACGUGCCGCACGUGGAGGUUAAAAGUCCCGGCGGGAACAUCAUUGCAAGCCAGGUGUCUCCGCACUGGGUGAACGACGGGGAUCAACCCUCCUCUGCUAUAUAUCAGCUGGCAUUCGUGGCCAGUGUACCUGCAUUGGGUAUGAGUACGUAUGCUAUAAGGCAAGUGGAAGCCAAGGAAAACUCCAGAAAUAGCUAUGCUUCAAUUGUUAUAUACAACAGUAACAGUGGUGCCCAACUACCUCAGCCCGAAGGGUCGUUCAUAUUCCCAAUAUUAAAGAGACGCGCUGAGGAAUUCGCCAUAGAAAAUAGUAGAGUAAAACUGAAGUUUGAAGCAACUGGAUUAUUAAAACUGGUAACAGAGAAAGCCAGCUGCGAGAGCACGGCAGUAAAACUAGAGUUCGUAAACUACAAAAGCUCAGGUGGGGCGUAUCUGUUCCUGCCGAUGGGAGAGGCAUCACUCAUAGAACCCGGCGAGCCAUACAUCCGGGCUAUACAUGGACAUAUCGUGUCAGAAGUUCACGUGUUCUUACCGCACGUGCGGCAUAUGGUGCGCAUCAAUGCAGUCUCAGGUACUGACGGGGGAGCGUUUGAGAUAGAAAAUGUUGUCGACAUGACACAAAAGUCGAUGGACGAUCGAGAACUCGUCAUGAGGUUUAGGACAGAUAUUGACUCCAGUGGAGUGUUCUAUACCGAUCUGAACGGGUUCCAGUUCACCAGGCGAAAGACGCUGAUUAACAAGCCAAUUCAGGCCAAUUAUUACCCAAUAACUACCAUGGUUUACAUGGAGAACGAACAGAAAAGAUUCAACUUGCUGUCAGCACAACCGCAUGGAACCGCCAGUAUGGGCCACGGUUGGUUGGAGGUGAUGCUGGACCGUCGUCUGCUGCGGGAUGACCACAGGGGUUUGGAGCAAGGCAUGACGGACAACGUGCCCACGCUUAGCGGGUUAAGAGUUCUAAUAGAACCCAGGACCGCAGGUGUCAGCGACCAGUCUUCUCCUGUCGGAUACCCAUCCUUGGCCUCUCAUCUACUGAGUCUGGCGCAUACCAACCCGUUCCACGUGCUACCAAGGCGCGAGACAGUGGACCCGGAGACCGAGUUAAGUCCCCACUAUUCCCCUCUGCUACACGACCUCCCGUGCGAGCUACACCUCCUCAACUUCCGAACGCUGCAAGGCGUCACCAAUGACUGGAGACCCAAGGAUUCGGCCGCACUUUUGAUCCACAGAGUGGGAAUUGACUGCUCCUUCCCGACCACUGGGUUGCAGUGUAAAGCAAUGAAUGGAAAGAUUCCUCUCGGACGCCUAUUUAAAAACAUUCCAUUUAAGAAAAUCAUGCCAAGUUCACUUUCAUUCAUGUAUGACAAAGAAGCAAUAGAUAAUAAUGAAAUCAUCCAGGUUGAACCUUUAGAAAUAAACGCUUUCAAAAUGGUUUUAUAGAACUGGGCGCACCACGUCAGUGUACAUAAUUGUAUAAAUUACGUCAAUUGUGGUAUUUUAUUAUUAUUAUUCCAAUCAGGGGCAAAAAUUGCCAAAGAAUUAUUUUUAAGAAAAGAGUAGAUUUUGCCUUUUAGUUGGUAAUGUAUCAUGUGAUGUUUGUCCAUUCAGUAUGCAAGUAGAUAACGAAGAAAAAAUAAACUGGAUAUUUUUAA